GGUGUUUGUGUUUGGUUCCGUUUCUUUUUUACAAUAAGUUUUUUUGUUAAAACAAAAAAGGUGCGCGCUUUUAUACGCUAUUUGAAUGUGGAUUGUAGUAAACUAACAAUGAGAAGGUCACCGUUACUUUUUCUUGCGUGAUAAUGAUGUCGGUCGGCAUGGCUACUAUCAUUCAACUUAGAUCGACGCCGACGUCCACUAUCGGCGCCGCGACGCUAGUCGUAUUGGCGUCACUAUUACUAGUGUUGGUGAUACCAGUACACACCCUCGAUAUCGGACAUUGUACGAAUCCAUUGGGAAUGGAAAGUGGUGACAUAAAAGACAGCAGUAUAUCAGCUAGUUCUGCUUAUGAUUCAAGUAGUGUUGGUCCACAAAAUGGAAGAUUGCGAAUUGAUAAAAGUGGUGGUGCGUGGUGCCCUCGUCAUAUGGUAUCAAAAGAAGCAAAAGAAUAUUUGCAAAUUGAUUUAAAUGAAAUGCACGUAAUUACUGGCACAUUAACACAAGGUCGAUUUGGUAAUGGUCAAGGGCAAGAAUAUGCAGAAGAAUAUAUGUUAGAUUACUGGCGACCGGGAGAUACAAAAUGGAGACGAUGGCGAAAUCGUACAGAUAAAAAUUUAUUGGCCGGCAAUACCAACACUUACACUGAAGUAAAACAAAUGCUGGAACCACCGAUUGUUGGAAGCAAAAUAAGAUUUAUUCCACAUAGUGUACAUGUUAGAACUGUGUGCAUGCGUGUUGAAAUAUUGGGCUGUAAGUGGCUAGAAGGUCUUAUCAGUUAUUCAAUGCCACAAGGUGUUCAACAAGCCGAUGAGGUGGAUUUAACAGAUAAAACAUAUGAUGGAAUUCAAGAAGGUAAUCAACUAAAGAACGGUCUUGGACAACUUGUUGACGGGCAAAAAGGACAAGAUAAUUUUCGAGCAGCUUUGAGUAUGAACAGAGGUUACGAGUGGGUCGGCUGGAGAAAUGAUACGCCGGGAAUGAUUGGACGACCUGUAGAAAUAGUACUAGAAUUUGAUCGUGUGCGUAAUUUUUCGGCUGUUAUUUUACAUGCGAAUAAUUUUUUUAGUAGAGAUGUUCAGGUGUUUUCGCAUGCAAAGGUGUAUUUCAGCAUUGGCGGUCGGCACUUCUCCACAGAGCCAGUCCAUUAUAACUACAUGCCGGAUAAUGUGUUAGAGCAUGCGAGGGAUGUCACUAUCAAACUACAUCAACGUCUCGGCAAGUUUCUUCGUCUGCAACUAUAUUUUGCGUCUCGAUGGAUUAUGCUUAGUGAAAUUUCGUUCGACUCUACAAUACCAGUGGGUAAUUUUACUGAAGAAGAAACUGAAUCUAUAUCAAUUUUAACACCGAAAGUUCAACCUCAAGACAGCAGUAAAGAAUAUCCAUUACAGAGAGAUGAAGUACAUAAACCAACAAACCCAAAAAAAGAUCGAAAUAUAAUUGUAUCCACAGAAAGCCGACGAUCAAAUGCAGAUUCUAAACAAUAUAUUGGUGUCGUGAUUGGUAUUUUAACAAUAAUAAUUUUAGUAUUGGUUGGUGCGAUUUUAUUUAUUAUCGUACGCAAUCGACGAUUAAAAUCAGCCACUGGACAUACAGUGCUACCAACAGCUUUUGGUGCCGAUAAACGUGUUACUUUUAAUAUGAAGAUGCGAGUAAAUGUUCAUGCUAACGGUCGUGUAUAUGGACAGGUGGCAUUAGGCGAUGAAGAUGAUGGAACAAUGGAGAAAACACAAGGAAAUGUACCCGGAGGAAUGUAUCAUGAGCCAUAUCAUCUAAAUAUGUAUACAAAUAAUGUUACAUCAUUAGUAACAGCAUCUGAUAGACGAGUAUCGGAUACACGAUACGGUCACAGUCCAGACUACACAGAUGUUCCCGAUAUAGUAUGUCAAGAAUAUGCAAUUCCACACAUAUCAUUAACCGAACAAUCAAUUAAUUCACAUUUUUCAUUACCCCCUCCUACACCAGCACGUGUACCUCCUCCUAUCCACAACUUUUUUCCUAAACCUCCACCAAUUCCUCCUCCACCUGAAAAGUAUUACGCCACUUCUGAAGUAUUGAGUAGUAGCCCCCCUGUUAUUCCACCACCAGUGAUUACUAGCAUACCAUCAACACCUUUUAGAUUACCUUUAAAUACAAAUGAGCAUAUGAACACACCGCCAUGUGAUCAAAACUAUCAUCAUAUCGAGGUUAUAAACUUUCCUAGAGAAGAGUUACGUUUCUUACAUAAAUUGGGAGAUGGGCAAUUUGGUGAAAUUCACGUAUGUGAAGUGAGAAAUUUUCCAGAUUAUGUAGACAGCAGUGAAUGUAAAUUGGUAGUUGUUAAAACAUUACGCCAUGAUUGUUCAGAAACAACUAGGCACGAAUUUGUAUUGGAAAUUAAAGUUUUGGCAACAAUAAAUGACCCAAAUGUUGUUAAAUUAUUAGGCGGUUGUUUGAAUGAAGAACCAAUUUGUGCAGUUCUUGAGUAUUCUGAGCAUGGCGAUCUAUUCCAGUUUCUACAAGAACAUGUAGCUGAAACAGCGUCGCCAUUAGCACCAGCUGCAAACACAUUAAGUUAUGGCUGCCUUAUUUACAUGGCAACACAAAUUGCUUCAGGAAUGAAAUAUCUUGAAUCGUUAAAUUUUGUACAUAGAGACUUGGCGACAAGAAAUUGUUUGGUUGGAUUGAAGUACGCAAUAAAAAUUAGUGAUUUAGGAACUGGUCGAGAAAUGUAUUCGGCUGAUUAUUGUCGACUAGAGGGUAUUAAAGAGAAACCUCUACCCGUAAGAUGGAUGGCUUGGGAAAGCAUAUUAUUGGGAAAAUUUACUACAAAAUCAGAUAUUUGGGCUUUUGCUGUAACAUUAUGGGAAAUAUUAACAUUUGCACGUGAGCAACCGUUUGAAGAAUUAAGUGAUGAAAAAAUUAUAGAAAAUGCAUCACAUUAUUACCAAAAUGAUGGAAAACAGAUUGUUUUACAAACACCAAUUAUAUGUCCAAAAGAAAUUUAUGAUUUGAUGAGAGAAUGUUGGCAACGAAAUGAAUCCGAUAGACCAAAUUUCAGAGAAAUUCAUUUAUUUUUAGAACGAAAGAAUUUAGGAUACAAUCCUGAUAUGCAUUAAGAUAAAUAAAUAUUAAAACUGC